AUGUGGGAUGACUCGUGGGAGCCCGGCAGUGAACUUCAACAGCACUUUGCCGUGCCUGAUGUGCCACCUCCUUCAGCCAGUGAGCAAAACUUCAAGAGAGAAGAGCAGAACUUUGUAGUCCAGAAUGAAAUUAACAACAUGUCCUUCCUCAUCACUGACACCAAGUGCAAGAUGUCAAAGGGAAUAGUUUCAGACCAGGAGAGGAAGAAGAUGAAGAGAAAAGGUGAUCGAUACUCGAUGCAGACAAGUUUGAUUGUUGCUACUCUAAAGCGCCUGCUGCCCGUGGGACUCAACAUUUGUGCUCCAGGAGAACAAGAGCUUAUCGCACUGGCUAAGAACCGCUUCACUCAGAAAGACACAGAGGACGAAGUUCGAGAGGUCAUCAGGAACAACCUACAUUUACAAGGAAAGUCAGAGGACCCAGCAAUUCGUUGGCAGAUGGCUCUGUACAGAGACCUCCCAAACCACUAUGAGGAUACUACUGACCCAGAGAAGACUGUGGAGAGAAUCCUGGAUAUUGGUCAUGUCCUCUUCCACCUGGAGCAGGUGGAGCAUCCUCAGCGCAGUAAGAAGGCUGUGUGGCACAAACUGCUUUCAAAACAGAGGAAGAGAGCUGUGGUCGCUUGCUUCAGGAUGGCACCACUCUAUAACCUGCCAAGGCACCGGGCUGUAAACUUGUUCCUGCAGGGCUACGAAAAGUCCUGGAUCGAGACAGAGGAGCACUACUUUGAAGAUAAACUCAUAGAAGACCUCGCUAAACCAGGUGAACAGGAGCCAUCUGAGGAAGAGGAGGGGCAGAAACACAAACACAUAGAUCCCCUGCAUCAGCUCAUCCAGCUGUUCAGCAGAACAGCCCUAACAGAAAAAUGUAAACUGGAUGAGGAUAAUCUCUACAUGGCCUACGCAGACAUCAUGGCUAAGAGUUGCCAUGAUGAAGAGGAUGACGAUGGAGAAGUGAAGAGUUUUGAAGAAAAAGAGAUGGAGAAGCAGAAGCUGUUGUAUCAGCAGGCUCGGCUGCACGACCGUGGCGCUGCUGAGAUGGUGCUCCAAACCAUCUGUGCUAGUAAAGGUGAGAUGGGUCCCAUGGUGGCAUCUACUCUGAAACUGGGCAUAGCUAUUCUCAAUGGUGGGAACUCAACCGUGCAGCAGGUUCUGGCACUGCCCCCUGAACCCACUGCACCACCCCUCCCCCGCAGCUGA